AUGGUUCCUUUGGCAGACCUCUUUAAUCACAAGACAGCUGCUGAGGAUGUACACUUCACUGCCGUAUCUUCUCAUUCUGAAUCUGACAGUGAUGCUGACACUGACAACAGCGUUACUGAAAUCGAUGGAGAUGAUGAACCUAUUGCUCAAGAUUCUCAUUCAGAAAAGGGUGGUUUUAGUGGGGGUGACAUGGAUUCUUCUCCUACUUCAGGGGAUGACCCAACAGUUCUGGAAAUGAUCAUGAUUAAAGAUGUUAAAGCUGGAUCAGAGGUUUUUAAUACAUAUGGAUCCUUGGGUAAUGCUGCACUUUUGCACAGAUACGGAUUCACAGAACCAGAUAACCCAUUUGACAUUGUCAAUAUUGAUCUAGAACUUGUCCUUCAGUGGAGUUCAUCUUUGUUUUCGUGUCGUUACGGUAGAAGAAGGUUAUCACUGUGGAGAAAAUUGGAGCAUUCUGGACGUGUUAGUCAGAACUCAGAAUAUUUUGAAAUCUCAUUUGAUGGGGAACCAGAAGUCGACUUGUUGGUUUUACUGUACAUAAUGUUGUUACCUGAGGAGGCAUAUCAUGAACUUGAUCUUGCAUUAUCGGCUGUGGGAAAUCUCAACAAAUCUCCAAAUCCUUGUUUCACAGUAAAAGGGAAUUUGCUGUUCAUAAAAGGGUCGGUGAGCAAGAAUUUAUUGCUAACGAAAGAUGUUCGUGAAGCUCUUUUGUUGCUUACAGAUUCCCGGGAAGCUUUUUAUGGUCUUAGUUCUCUGGAUGAUGACAUUAGAUCAUUGAAAGGUUGUUGUCGUGCAAGUGAGUAUAAAUUAUAUCACUCCUUGAUGUUGCGUAUUAGUGAGAGGAGAAUCCUGGAGAAACUGAGAUGUUAUGCUGCUGGUGGUUCUAGAAUUCUAACAACAACUGCCAAGGGAGCUAAUUCAAGGAGAAAAGUGAAGAGGAAGUGA